GCUCCCACUCCUCGAAUGCUUGAUUUACGCAUCCUAUAUUUACUCUGUAUAACAAGUCAUCUCGUAUCUACUGCAGCAGUACGAGUUGGCUACUACUGCGCAUAUAGCAUUUUCUUGUCGCUCCAGUUUUUAAGUGAUUAUCAUUGUAUAAUUACCAUGUCCUUCACGGGAAAAGUUGUCCUGAUAACAGGGGCCAGUUCAGGAAUUGGGGCUGGGACAGCUAUUCACAUGGCCCAGCUUGGAGCGUCGCUAUCGUUAACGGGACGCAACAAGCAGAAUUUAGACAAGGUGGCCGAGAAAUGUGGGCAGUCUAAGACACUUGUCAUAACAGGCGAGAUAACCAACGAGAACGACUUGAAGAACAUCAUCGACUCGACAAUUAAGCAUUUCGGCAAAUUGGAUGUUUUAAUUAAUAACGCUGGAGUUUUCGAGCUUGGUAGUAUAGAGACCUUGCGCUUGGAACAAUACGACAAUGUUUUCAACGUAAAUGUUCGCUCGGUAUACCAACUGACGGCACUGGCAGUGCCACAUUUAAUCAAGACGAAAGGCAACAUUGUUAACGUUUCUAGCUUAUGUGGAUUACGAGCUUUCCCAGAUGCUCUGGCAUAUUGCAUGAGUAAAGCGGCCCUGGACCAAUUUACCCGUUGCGUCGCUUUAGAAUUGGGAACGCAACAGGUGCGAGUGAAUUCUGUAAAUCCUGGUGAUAUAAUAACAAAUAUUUACCAACAUACUGGAAUGAGCCAGGAAGAGCUUGAAAACUAUUACGAGAGCAGUAAAAAGUUAUAUGCUCUAGGAAGGAUUGGCGACGUUUCGGAAGUCGCGAAGGCCAUUACAUUCCUAGCAAGUGACGAUGCUAGUUAUAUAACCGGGACGACAUUAUCUGUGGACGGAGGUAGACAAGCCAUGUGUCCUUAAAGAUAUCACAUCGUCUUUAAAAAUAUUUUUUUUUUUAAUCCUUAAAUGCUGCAUGGAAAGAUUCAUUAUCUAUAUUCUAACAGAUAAUAUUUUUUGUUAAAUAAACAUGAUUUAUUACAGAAUAUAAAAAAAAUGUAAUAUAAAAAUGUAAUAAUUUUCCAUAAAUUUAAGGUUUAUGUCUUUUGAACGUGUAUGCAUAAUCAAUAUAUUAUCUUAUAACUCAAACAAAAAUAUAUCUUAUAUAUUCUAAUUGA